GCUCAGUAUUGGGUGGUGCACGUCAGUUCUCGUUCUCGCUUCUUGUACCACCACAGAGUAGACGAAACUUGGCUUGCAUAUUAUAGAUAUCCAAUAGCUGUUCAAAAUGCGUACUACAAAAAUUUAUGUUGGUAACUUGCCAGAAAAUGCUGAUAGCGGGGAACUGCAAGAAAUGUUCGAGAAAUAUGGUGAAGUCAAGGAGUGUGAUAUAGUUAAAAAUUAUGCAUUUGUGCAUAUGUCCUCUGAAGAUGAAGCAAAAUCUGCUAUAGAAGCUUUGAAUAAUUCUGAUUUUAUGGGAUCAAAGAUGUCUGUAGAAAUAUCCCACAGCAAGGUUCGACAACGUCCUGGAAUGGGAGGAAAGGGCCAAUGCUAUAGAUGUGGUCGUCAAGGUCAUUGGUCCAAAGAAUGUCCUAGGAACCCUGCUGUCCGUAUGAACAACACAGGCCCACCUGUUGGCUAUCCUACUCCUGGAGGAUAUGGAGAUCGAUUCCCUCGCUUUAGUAUGGAUCGACCUUAUGGAGCUGAUAGAUCAUUUGGUGAACAGCGUGGUUUUGUUGAUCGUAUGAGGCCUUACCCUGACCCAUAUGAGCGCAGACCUCCCAUGCCUUCUUACCAGCAAGACAACUCUAUGUAUUACAGAAGAACUUAUGAUUCUUACAGUGGAUAUACAAGACGUUCUCCUCCAACUGUACCAUCUCAAGUCCCCAGUCGGUAUGACUUCACUCAAGAUCCCACUUUUGCUUCGGGACGCCUUACCCCUACUUCCCGUCGCGCUCCGGUGUUUUAAUGAAGCAGACCGGUUCGCGUGUUCUGGCAGUUGGAUCUCGCGAAGCACAGCGGAUGUCGGAUGAAACGAAGACUUCAAUAUUUUUUAAAAUUAAAUUAAUGGUUGUCGGAUGUCUACAUUCAUCGAAACAUUUUCUCAUUGUUGCUGUCUCCCGUGUUCCGAUGAUCAUUUUCUUGCAGAGAACGUGAUGCGAACGCGAUUUCGCACGUGGUCAGACUUUUUACUUGUUGCAUAUUUCAUUCAUUUAUGUUGUAAUUUUUUUUAUAUCACUUUAGACUUAAUAAAGGAAUGAAGGCGUG